UCACUCUGCAAUGUAGAGUCUACAUCACUCGGUCCUUGAACAUUUUCGCGCACUCACCGAAUAGAAUCUGAUAAGUCUUCAAGAGGCUGUCAUCUCAAGAUAACGCGGCAGAAACUUCGCAAAUCGACGAAUAAAAAUCUACAUGUGUUCGAAGAAUUUAAGUUUUCUGAAUUUUGACCAAAUGUGUGUGUCAAUGACAGCGCUCAGUCGACGAGGAUUCACUUCGAGGGAUUUCGCGCGAUUCAGCGGCAAGCAAUCGCGUUAUUCUAAUUGUAGCAAAAUAUUAAUGGACAGUAACUUAUCGCGAUGGUGCCCGACGUUAUCGUGCAUCGUCGGUGUUUCACAAAUCUCGAGUCAUUUUCACGAAAGCUGCAGAAUGUUCUCUUCCAUGAAGACUCCGAUAACUUCCGACACUGUCAUCGAAGCUCUGGCGAAGCAACAAGCGAAGGAAUUGGUGUUGAAGCUCACCGCAGAAGAGCGUAAGCUGUUCUUGACAGCAUUGAAUGAAAGCAAAUCGCAGGAAGAGAAGGCUGGCUAUGAAGGUCAACUUGCAGCUAUCCGAUGGAGGAGCAAACUUGGUAGGCCUAGCAAAUUACCAUCGUUGGGCGAGGUGGAUCCUACAGGAACUUUCUGCCCUGUACCAGAUGACUGGUUAAAUAACAAGUAUGUUGAAAACGUUCCAGAACCAACCACAAAAGAUCUGGUGGUAGUUGCGAUCGCGAAUGCAAUUCCGUUCAUAGGAUUUGGUUUUCUCGACAACUUCAUCAUGAUCGUUGCUGGCGAUCAAAUCGAGACGAUGUUGAACAGAAGGUUUCCAAUCUCGACCAUGACGGCAGCCGCAUUGGGCAACACGGUGUCGGAUGUCAUUGGAAUCGGUUCGGUGCACUACGUUGAGAGGUUCGCUCAAAAAAUCGGCUUUGACACACCCAAAUUGACACUAGCACAGCUGAAUCUACCUAGGACACGGAUAGCUGUAAACGUGGGUCGAGUCAUCGGAGUGACGAUUGGAUGCCUUAUCGGUAUGACGCCUAUACCAAUGGCCGCGCUUUUCCGCAAUGGUAGUUGAAUUGUUCCAAAAUCAACUUAAUUAACGAAUUAAUUCAAUUAUUGGCACGCGAAGUAGACCAUACACCACACCUAUAAUAAGCGCUUUGCUUCACGAACGCCUUUUCUAUAAUUUUAACAUUUAAUUUUAACGUCGCAAUAACACCAUUUUCGUUGCAACGAAUGUAUUUAAUGUAUAAAUGUAUAGAACAUAUAAAAUGUAUAGAAUUGUUAGAAAUUUGUGUUAAUAUUGUUAAAAAUAUUAUGUUUCUUUAACAGCUGAAAUAACUUGAAUAAGUUUUUCAACUCUCACAUGAUAUCGUUACAAGAAUAAUUAAAUAGCAAUAAACAUUUUAUUUUA